CAAACACUCUGGCCGCCCCCCAGCCCCGGCCCACCGUCCGAAGCGACCCUUUCUCUUACGAACCCAGCUCAUUUUGUCUCCAUCAUCCAUCAUUCCUUGCUUGCACCAUCUCGUCGACUUUGAGAUUCGGCGGCAAAAGAACCACCCCAAAUCAACGCGAUCAAUCACAGCACGCAGUUCACAAUGUUCGCCACCAUACCUCUUGUUUAGAUGGCUUCCAGCGCGACCACCAUACCCGCGUGUUCCGAUCUCAGCAAGCGUCUCUCAUCUCCGGUUUUCGAUUCUGGCCUCCUCUUUCGCACUCGUAUAACCCAUCACUCGACUUUACCUCCCUAUCCAAAGUACCCCGCAUCCGUAGAAUGGACGACCCAGGCGAUCAUUGUUGGACCUGGCCCUUUUGGAAGUUUGGGCUGAAGAAGGACGACCUGUUCGGUACCCUGCACGACCGCUAUAACACUUUUGCCUCGCCAAUUCUCGACCCCGAAGCAUUCCAUCACGACGUCUACGAAAUCUCCCAGCAGGCCAACAGUACCGAUGAGUUCCAUCGCCUGCUUAAUGCCCGGAAGGAACAGCGUCUUCGCGAGCUGAACGAGACGCUUGAGUCAGCUGCCUUCGAGAUCAUCGCCAACCCUUCACUCAUCGGCACCGAGCAGUGGCAGCAUGCGGUUCAGCUCUUUCGGACGAAGUCUCUCGAUUCUCUCGUCCGAUACUACGCAUCAUACCUCCCAUCAGACCACCCAUGGUACAAGUCGGCGGAUUCUUCCUCCCAGUCGGAGGCGGGCAGCAGUGUCGGCUCGCUGACGGACUCUCAUGGCUCCUCUGAGGAUGAGGAGAUACCCUUUAUGGACGAGCCGCUCGAGUAUCCGAGCUAUCCCAAGCAGCUCCUUCCCCCGUCACCCAGGUCCAUGACUAUGUGCUCCGACUCUUCUGUCGCUUCGCCAAUCGACGAGGCACAUGACGAGUUCGAUUUUGAGCGGUCGGCACCUGCCCGCGCGCUUUCCUUCUCCGAAUCUGAACCCGACUGCUGUUCGGUUCCCGGGACUGAUAGGUGCUGCAACCGCGACCGAGAGUCGGAUUGUCAACCGAGCUCUGGCACGGUACCUACGAUAGCUACUCGUGGUGUUGACAGUGGUGUCGACGCCAAACCAAAACCCGAAUCAACCAGGGGAGAGGCCACACUCCCUGGCGCAACUCUCGAUGUCACCGACUCGGAAACGCCGACACCUCGACCCGAGACGCACACAGCGUCUUUCUUUUGCGACACGAAGCCAUCGCCAUCUCAGCAACGACGACAUCGCAGUCUCUCGCCGUCUCGCCCGCAUCCCCUGUCGCCUCGAGAACUUGACGAAGUUCUCACCGCCCACCGGGAUCCCCGCAACCGGCAGCGUUCCAGACUCAGCCGGAAGGAGAGGGAGUGCAGUCCGGCAGCACAGCGGAGGAGGCGAGGGAGUCCGAUGGACUCGGUUACGAGGAUACAGAAGCCGCUGGCCGACUCGGGACAUUGCAGAUUUCGAGGCCGGAAGUUGGCCGAGAGCAGCUAGCAUAUACGGCGGCGUUCAUGGCGUUCAGGAGGCUUGGUGGUUGGGCGC